ACUCCCUCCCCUUUAAAUCAUUCACAUCCCGAUCUCCAUCUUCUCUACCACUUCGACGUUAAGAGUCUUCCUUAACUGGAAACUCCGAAGUCGUCGAAUUCCUCCUUACAACAUCCUUUUCCGGAGCGUCUAGGACCAACAUCCACCUACAAUCGAUACCCUCCCCCCAUCAUGGCCUCCAACAUGCGCCCCGAAGUCCAACAGGACCUCGCCCACACCCUCCUUGUCGAACUCCUCGCCUACCAAUUCGCCUCCCCCGUCCGAUGGAUCGAAACCCAAGAUGUCAUCCUGGGCGAGAAGGUCACCGAGCGCAUCGUUGAAGUCGGUCCCGCCGACACCCUCGGCGUCAUGGCCAAACGCACCAUCGCGAGCAAAUACGACGCCCACGAUGCCGCCCGCUCGGUCCAGCGUCAGAUUCUCUGCUACAAUAAAGAUGCCCGAGACAUCUAUUACGAUGUCGAGCCGGAGGAGGAGGAGCCCGCUCCUGCGACCGGGGCCGGAGCCGAAAACGCGUCUGGCGCUCCGUCCGCACCCGUUCCCGUUGCCCAGGUUGCAGCUCCAUCACAAAAUGCUGGGCCUGCCGCUGCGGUGCCUGAUGAGCCGGUGACGGCGACCGAUAUCGUGAGGACGUUGGUCGCGCAGAAGUUGAAGAAGCCGGUUGCGGAUAUUCCGGUGACCAAAGCUAUCAAGGAUCUGGUCGGAGGCAAAUCAACAUUGCAAAAUGAAAUCCUCGGAGAUUUGGGCAAGGAGUUUGGCUCCACGCCCGAAAAGCCGGAAGACACACCCCUCGAUGAGCUCGGAAGCUCAAUGCAGGCCACGUUCAAUGGACAACUCGGAAAACAGUCCUCCUCCCUCAUCGCCCGCAUGGUAUCCGCCAAGAUGCCUGGUGGCUUCAACAUCACCGCAGUCCGAAAACAUUUGGAAACAAGAUGGGGACUUGGGUCGGGUCGCCAAGACGGCGUCCUCUUGUUGGCACUCACCAACGAACCCGCAGCUCGAUUGGGCUCCGAGAGCGACGCAAAGGCAUGGCUCGACGACCUUUCAAACAAAUACGCCGACAACGCUGGCAUCAGCCUGACAUCACCCACCGCUGGCGGCGACGCUGGUGGCGCUGGUGGCAUGAUGAUGGACCCGGCUGCUCUCGAUGCCCUCACGAAAGACCAGCGAGCACUGUUCAAGCAGCAAUUGGAGUUAUUUGCUCGCUACCUCAAGAUGGAUCUCCGUGCCGGCGACAAAGCCUUCGUUACCUCACAGAAAUCCGCGGACGCCCUCCAAGCCCAGCUGGACCUCUGGAGUGCCGAGCACGGUGACUUCUACGCGACCGGCAUCGAGCCUGCCUUCACUCCGCUCAAAGCUCGUGUCUACGAUUCGUCGUGGAAUUGGGCACGCCAGGAUGCGCUCAGCAUGUACUACGAUAUUAUCUUCGGCCGUCUGAAGGCCGUCGACCGAGAGAUUGUGUCACGCUGCAUCAACAUCAUGAACCGCUCGAAUCCUCGUCUUCUCGAAUUCAUGCAAUACCACAUCGAUCACUGCCCGAAGGAGCGGGGAGAAACUUACGAAUUGGCGAAGGAGCUCGGCCAGCAGCUGAUCGAGAACUGCAAAGACGUUCUGAACGAACCACCGGUCUAUAAGGACGUCUCCCUUCCUACCGCUCCAUCCCUCGAGAUCGACGCGAAGGGCAACAUGAACUACGUCGAAGGCCCCCGCGCAUCCGUCCGCAAGCUCGAGCACUACGUCCGGGAAAUGGCCGAGGGCGGCAAGCUGUCCGAAUACGGCAACCGAACCAAAGUCCAAAACGACCUGCAGCGCAUCUACAAGCUGAUCCGCCAACAACACAAGCUCUCCAAGUCCUCGCAGCUUGAAAUCAAGAGCCUCUACUCCAACGUCAUCCGCUCCCUCGCCAUGAACGAAGGCCAGAUCAUCCCCGCCGAAUCCACUGGGAAGGUCAACGGCAAGAAGCGCUCCGCUCGCUUCCCCAGCGGCAAGAAGGGCGGCAAGACCGAGACCAUCCCAUUCCUGCAUCUCAAGCGCAAAGACGACCGCGGCUGGGAGUACAGCAAGAAGCUCACCGGGGUCUACCUCGACGGCCUCGAGCAAGCCGCCAAGAACGGCGUCACCUUCAUCGGUAAGAACGUCCUUAUGACCGGCGCCGGAGCCGGAUCCAUCGGCGCGGAAGUCCUCCAGGGCCUCAUCGCCGGCGGCGCCAAGGUCGUCGUCACCACCAGCCGCUUCUCCCGCGAAGUGAACGAGUACUACCAGUCCAUCUACACGCGCUACGGCGCCCGUGGGUCACAGCUGAUCGUCGUGCCGUUCAAUCAGGGCAGCAAGCAGGACGUCGAGGCCCUUGUCGAGUACAUCUACGACCAGAAGAACGGCCUCGGAUGGGACCUGGACUACGUGGUGCCGUUCGCCGCCAUCUCGGAGAACGGGCGCGAGAUCGACGGACUCGACUCCAAGUCCGAGCUCGCUCACCGCAUCAUGUUGACGAACCUGCUGCGGUUGCUGGGCUGCGUCAAGUCGCACAAGCAUGCGAACGGCUUCGAGACACGGCCUGCACAGGUCAUCUUGCCGCUCAGCCCCAACCACGGGACGUUCGGAAACGACGGCUUGUAUGCGGAGAGCAAGAUCUCGCUGGAGACGCUGUUCACGCGCUGGCAUUCGGAGUCAUGGGGCAAUUACCUCACCAUCUGCGGCGCGGUGAUCGGAUGGACGCGUGGAACCGGGCUGAUGGGUGGUAACAACAUCGUCGCUGAGGGCAUCGAGCGAUACGGCGUGCGCACGUUCAGCCAGCAGGAGAUGGCGUUCAACCUCCUCGGGCUGAUGGCGCCGGCGAUUGUCAACCUGUGCCAGAUCGAGCCGGUGUGGGCGGACUUGAACGGCGGGUUCCAAUACCUCCCGAACCUCAAGGACCUCAUGACCGAGCUGCGCAAGGAGCUCACUGAGACUAGCGAGCUGCGCAACGCGGUCACCAAGGAGACGGCCAUCGAAAACAAGAUCGUCAACGGCGAGGACUCCGAAAAGCUGUAUCAGACCGUCAAGGUGGAGCCGCGCGCGAAUCUGAAGUUCGAGUUCCCCAAGUUACCUGACUGGGAGACGGAGAUCAAGUCGCUGAACCCUGAUCUGCAGGGCAUGGUGGACCUCGAGAAGGUCGUCGUGGUCACCGGGUUCGCAGAGGUCGGACCGUGGGGGAACUCACGCACGCGCUGGGAGAUGGAGGCGCACGGCGAGUUCUCACUCGAGGGGUGCGUGGAGAUGGCGUGGAUCAUGGGGUUGAUCACGAACCACAACGGACCUCUCAAAGGCAGGCCCUACUCCGGCUGGGUGGACGUGAAGACCAAGGAGCCGGUCGACGACAAGGACAUCAAGGCCAAGUACGAGAAAUACAUCCUCGAGCACUCGGGAAUCCGGUUGAUCGAGCCGGAGCUGUUCCACGGGUACGAUCCUAACAAGAAGGAGCUGCUGCACGAGGUGCAGAUCGAGGAGGACUUGGAUCCGUUCGAGGCGAGCAAGGAGACCGCCGAGGAGUUCCAGCGCCAGCAUGGGGAGAACGUCGAGGUGUUCGAGAUCACUGACUCCGGCGAGUAUACCGUACGCCUGAAGAAGGGUGCCACGCUGCUGAUUCCCAAGGCGUUGCGAUUCGAUCGCUUCGUCGCGGGCCAGAUCCCGACGGGGUGGAAUGCUAAACAGUACGGCAUUACCGAUGAUAUCAUCGAUCAGGUGGAUCCGGUGACGCUGUUCGUGCUAGUUUCGUGCGCGGAGGCGCUUGUGGCGUCCGGAAUCACGGAUCCGUACGAGUUCUACAAAUACGUGCACAUCUCGCAAGUUGGGAACUGCAUCGGAUCGGGCAUCGGUGGCACCAGCGCGCUACGCGGCAUGUACAAGGACCGCUACCUCGAUAAGCCGCUGCAGAAGGACAUUCUACAGGAGUCGUUCAUCAACACCAUGAGCGCGUGGGUCAACAUGCUUUUGCUCUCCAGCACCGGGCCGAUCAAGACCCCGGUCGGCGCGUGCGCCACCGCCGUCGAGUCCAUCGACAUCGGCUACGACACCAUCGUCGAAGGCAAGGCGCGCAUGUGCUUCGUCGGCGGCUUCGACGAUUUCCAAGAAGAGGGCAGCUACGAGUUCGCCAACAUGAAGGCCACCUCCAACGCCGAGGACGAGCUCGCCCACGGCCGCACCCCCCGCGAAAUGUCCCGCCCCACCACCACCACCCGCAACGGCUUCAUGGAGUCCCAGGGCUGCGGUAUCCAGGUCAUCAUGGACGCCCGCCUCGCCCUCGACAUGGGCGUCCCCAUCUACGGCGUCCUCGGCUUCACCGCCACCGCCACCGAUAAGAUCGGCCGUUCCGUCCCCGCGCCUGGCCAGGGUGUGCUGACCACCGCCCGCGAGGUGCCCGGGAAGUUCCCCUCGCCACUGCUCGACCUCAAGUACCGCAAGCGCCAGAUGGAGCUGCGCCGCGCGCAGAUCAAGCAGUGGCAGGAGGCUGAGCUACUAUUCCUGCAGGAGGAAGUCGGCGCCAUGGCGUCGCAAGCCAGCGCAUCAGGCGACGCGUUCGACGAGGCGGAGUACACGUCCGAUCGUGCGGACCACAUCGCGCGCGAGGCGAAGCGCCAGGAGAAAGACGCGCUGUACAGCCUAGGCAACAAUUUCUGGAAAUCCGACGAGCGCAUCGCGCCGCUGCGGGGCGCGCUGGCGACGUGGGGCUUGACGAUCGACGAUCUGGAUGUGGCGUCGUUCCACGGGACGUCAACGAAGGCGAACGACAAGAACGAGUCGGAUGUUAUCUGCCAGCAGAUGCGGCACCUGGGGCGGAAGAAGGGGAACGCGGUGCUCGGGAUCUUCCAGAAGUAUCUGACGGGGCAUCCGAAGGGCGCGGCGGGCGCGUGGAUGUUCAACGGGUGCUUGCAGGUGCUGAAUACCGGGUUGGUGCCUGGGAACCGCAACGCAGACAACGUGGAUGCGGCGAUGGAGCAGUUCGACUACAUCGUGUAUCCGUCGCGCAGCCUGCAGACGGACGGCAUCAAAGCGUUCAGCGUCACGUCCUUCGGCUUCGGCCAGAAAGGCGCGCAGGCCAUCGGCAUCCACCCGGCGUACCUCUACGCCACCCUCGAAAAAUCCGAGUUCGACGCCUACGCCGCCAAGGUCCAAGCCCGCCAGAAGAAAGCCUAUCGCUACGCGCACGACUCCCUCGUCAACCACACGCUCUUCCGCGCCAAAGACAAGACCCCCUAUGCCGACGCACAGCAGAGCGCUGUCUUCCUCAACCCGUCGGCCCGCGUGGCCCUCGACCCCAAAUCCGAGAAGCUGAUCUACGACCCCAAGCUCAAGAAGGCGGGCGACCGCACGCCGUUGACGGCGAAUGAGACGGCGCGGAAGGCGGAGACGACGAAGCUGUUGGAGACGAUGGCGGCGGCGUCGCGCGCAGGGAAGGGAAACGCGAAGAUCGGGGUGGACGUCGAGGCGGUGCGGGCGGUGCCGGUUGACAAUGAGACCUUCGUCGAGCGGAAUUUCUCGGAGCGGGAGCGGGUGUAUUGUCAGGGUCGGCCGGAUCCGCGGGCGAGCUUUGCGGGGCGAUGGGCGGCUAAGGAGGCAGUGUUUAAGAGUUUGGGGGUGGAGAGUCGGGGCGGUGGGGCUAGUUUGAGGGAGAUUGAGGUGGUGAGCGAUGAUAAGGGGGUUCCGACGGUUGAGUUACAUGGCGACGCAGCUCUCGCAGCGAAGAACGCCGGCGUCAAAUCUGUCGGCGUCAGCAUCAGCCACUCAGACGACCAGGCCGUCGCCGUCGCAGUUGCGGAAUUCUAGACGCUCCUUCCGGUGUUUCUCCUGAAGACUUUUAAUAAUACAAACCCAUGCGUCGGAGGGCAGAGACCAGAUGGAUUGAGCAUGGUGGGAGGAUGUACAUUGCAUUGUAAUUUCUUUGCUGCAGUUGGCUUCGUGCGGCAGAUCAGUGGCGUCGGUCGGUAGGGACAGAAGGGGUUUGUUGUCUUAGAUUCGCAUGGGCCUGGGUGCCGUGUAUAUGUAUGUAGCCUUGUUAUCGGUGUUGCAAUGGAUUGGGUGCUGGUUUGA